AUGCCAUCGAAUGAGGAGCAGUUUCCUUAUGAAAAUUUACAAUCUCAAUUAUUCGUUCUCCGUAUGCUAUCAGCCUGUAUGCAACACCAUUGGCAAUAUGUUCGUGAUGUUAGACCAGACAAUUCAUCAGCAAAAGCAGCUUCAACAGCUGGGGGCUACGAGGGAUCGAUACAUAGUCUAGACAGCUCAACAAAUCACAGUAGAUGGUCUAUAGCAGAUGGACCACUGCCAAUCGAGAUGGAAGAUCCACCACCUUUUGAUGAUUCCAUUGCAAAGAGCCUUGUAAAUGUUAUAUCUCGAAUCAUGCAUCAAACAACCAUCAUGGAAGAGAGAGAAUAUGGCCAGGCAACAAAUCAUGUUACGCAGAUCACUCGAACUGAAUAUUACACUGCCAGCAACAUUUCUAGAACAUCUGCUGACAUCGUGCUUGACAUUUACAAAGCUUCGAGUAGAGUGAUAGCCUAUUUGAGUGCUAGUAACUGGAAUGUUGUAUUUGCAAAGAUCAAGACGCGGAUUCUGUACCUGUCGACUACUACAGACGAGAACCCAGAAACAUCUGAUAUGCGACUAUUGGAAUGCUGCUCUUUGAAUUCAAAGAGACUCAGCAUCGUGCUUUCAGAAUUUUGUGCUGGUUUCUCCAAUUUGAAAAAGUCGACACAGUUAAUUGUGGCUGCCAUUCUGAGACGAGCGAUUUGGGGGUGGAUCGAAACAUAUCCUGGCGAAUUCAUGCAACUAUGCCAAAGUCAAAAGAAAUUAGAAGGAGGUCCAGAUGUACUAUUCGAAAUCUGUUUAUCGCUCGCAGACACUACUAGAAAAAAGGCCAUCCUAUGGCCUUUGCAGACGAUGCUCCUCAUCCUUUGCCCAGAUAUUUUAUACUCUUCGGCAAAUCCAGAUGGACACCGCAGCAUGAAUACUAAAAAGACACUCUUUCUCGCCACACUGAAAAACUCACUAAAACCCGGUCGAAUGGCAGAACUAGCAGCCAUUUGCUAUGUUGACAUUUGUAAAGCUGCCACCUAUGUUGCAAAAUCAGACGCCUCUGCUCUUCGACAUAUUGUGCCAGAUGUGGAAAACGAACUAAGAGGACAGUUGUUUGAUCCAGAGAAACCGUUGAUUGCAGACAGUUUGAUGAGUGGAUUAGGUAUCAUCAUUGACCAUCGCUCCCUGCUGGCCGAUUGCUUGGUGGCCAUGUUCCGCUUGAACCCUCGACAUGCUCUACGAAGCCUGUUUCCAGCUUGUCUUGAUCAACGUGCACCCACCCUGUUCAAAAUCAGCUUGGUCAAGGCUUGUUUAGCCAUCGCCUCUGAAGAAAAUAGACUGCCAUGGAACCCUUCUGUCACCGUGUUAUACGAUUCAUUGUCUGGGCCUCUGAGGAAGCUGUUUAUCGAAUUCGCCAGCAAAGACUACUCAAAAAUCGACUCUGGCAGCAUUAACUAUGGACCCAACUUGCGCAAAAAUAUUAUCAGCAAUAAUGUCAACGAUAAAAAAUCCAGAAAAGAUGUCGCUCGAGUAGAUCAGAACAGUGAGCGUUUAGAAUUGAUUCUCGACAUGUUGCGAUUGUAUCAGACAGACCCCAAGCUAGCCAUCAAGGGUGAAAGUGAGGAUCGAUUUGAAAAGAACGCACAGGCACUCGUGGCAAUUACAAACUGCCUACGAGAAAGCAACCAAUAUGUCAGAGAUGCAGCUGCCAUGUGCUUAUUCAAGCUUCACUCACCCACCUACAUUGUGGAGUGGAGCCCUUCUCCCAACUUUAUAGAGUCAUUUUGGAAGAUUUCAUCCCAAAUUGUGUUUACACUGGCCAAGCAGCUUUUAGACAAUCGUGAGCGGGAUGAUGGCAUCAAGCGACUAUUGGAAUUGCUUAAAAAGCUGUUUGAAUCACGAAACGCUUUCUUGAGAAUGCAUCAGGACACUGCCAUGCAAGGAUCAGACACACGGGAGAGAUUACAAGCAUCCAUCGGCUUGGAAGUAGCAUUGCUAGUCCUGUUAUGUUCCUCUGAUAUCGAGAUUUGUACUUCUGCUAUUGCUUGCUUCGGCCAUAUUUGCACAGAAUCACAACUUACUGACAGCGCGGAUGACCCACACCAAGCUAUCCUGAUGGUGGUAGAGAAUUUGCCCAUUUAUCAGCAAUUGUCAGCCAACAACGGCAUUGUUACUGGUAGGAAAUCACAACAAAAGCAGAUUAGAAAGCUGUUACGCAUGAUGACGCACUACGCACCUGGCAAUCUUGCUGCUUGGGAAGAAGCCUUCAAGCGAUGGAAAUACAUGACACCGUCCAUGAUGAAGCCUCAUGAAGACUCAAAAGACGACAUUCAAGAAAGCAUCAAUAUUAGCAACAGCAAUGCCAAAAAGGGCGGCCAAGCAUGGCAUGACAAGCUUCGAAACCCUACCUCAUCAUCCAACAGACAAACCCACUCAUUCACCGUGGUCAAUCGGCCAGAGACAAAUGCCUUCAACGAGGACGACAAGUCGUCAGAGUGGCAAAACUAUGCAGGCUUUUUGGCUGCUUUGGGUGGCAUCUGUUUGAUGGCAGACUCCACACCCACAACACCCACAUCUCCAGCAACACCUCGUGGCGGUUUCAACGAGCAAUCUGCCUUUAGACGCAUUUCAGCACCCACUGAAUCUUCUGCUAUGGUCAACAAGUUUGUGGUGGAUAUGGUAGAUCUGCUGUUGUGUGAUAAUAUCAUUGUGCGUGAGUGGGUCAAGGAGAUUUUGGGCACUGAUCUCUCACCUGCUCUGUAUCCCAUGCUGUUCCGUUACAUGGAGACGGUGUUGGCAAAGUACUUUGGCCCUGAUGGAGAUCCCAUUUGCAGUGGUAGAAACACCUUGUUUGUAGAGCAAGCCAUCAGUGUGCUGAAGCUAGUUUUGGAUCGUAUGGAAGACUCGCCCGAAAACCUCUUGACAGUUGAUUUUAGCAGCCUCAUCAACCAGUACGCCAAAUACCUGAACAAACUUGGCAGUGGACAAUCUGCUCUCAAGAUCAAGAUCAAAUUCUGUCAGCUCACCGAGGUGUUGAUGAUGAAGAAGGACAAGGUCACUCUGCGUCAAGAGUUCAGAUUAAGAAACAAGUUGCUUGAAAUCAUUGUGGAGUGGACCAGCGAUUUCUCCUUGAAACCCGAAUCCUCCUCUGGCCAAUACUCUUCAUUCGAAGUAACUCAAAGCGAGAAACUGCACAGAGAGCUUGAUUUGGCCUGUCUAAGCACUAUUGUGGGGCUGUUGCACCAACUGCCACUGCAAUCAGCCGACCCUGUACACGAGGCUGACUCGACGCCCAUCAAAAGUCGCAUCUUCUUCAAGUAUUUCACCUUUUUCCUCAAGCUACUGAACAGAUGCCGAGACUCAGAGACGGAGUCUGACAACUCGAUUCAUCGCCUUCGACACCCAGAGCUGAUGUCGCAUGCUACCAAUGGAAAGAACAAGGAGAACAUGUCGACCUAUUUGGCUCCCUUAAAGGAGAGCACCAUCCUUGCCAUGUCAAAUCUAUUAAGUGCAAAUGUAGAUGCUGGCCUCAAGUAUUCCCUCUCCAUGGGCUAUCAUGACGAUCCUCAAAUGCGAACUGCCUAUAUGAAGGUGCUGACAAACAUCCUCAAUCAAGGUACAGAGUUUGAGACAUUGGCAGAGACCGUAAUUACAGAUCGGUACGAAAAGCUAGUGGAUAUGCUGGUAGGCGUUGAUCUCAACAUUGCUCUUUCUCUCUGUGAUGUGUGUCCUGCUUCGGAUAUUGAAGAUGCUGCAAACGCGUUGCUGGCAUGCUUCUCUUCAAGGGGAAAAUCCUUGGUUUUGCUCAAGGCUGUGAUUCAAAAAGAAGUGCAAAAUACAGAUAGCGAAACCGAAUUGCUGAGACGCACAAGUAUUGCCACACGAUUGCUAUCCGUAUUCGCAAAGCAAAAUGGAGCCGACUAUGUACGAUCUGUACUUCAGCCCGUGUUUACCAAACUGGCUGAGAAACCUUUGGAAGAACGUACCUUUGAGCUUGAUCCCUCCAAGGUAGGCAGCGGUGAAGAUGUGUCUCGCAAUAAGCAGAAUGUGGUGAGUGCUACGGAGAUGUUCCUGAAUGCCAUCUGUGCUUCAGCCAAUGAGGCACCUCGUGCAUUCCGAGAAGUGUGUCAUUGCAUUUUAACAUCUGUGCGUGAGCGGUAUCCUGAAGCUAAAUACACGGCAGUGGGUGCCUUUAUCUUUUUGCGUUUCUUUUGUCCAGCCAUUGUAUCACCUGAAUCUGAGGGUCUGAUCAAGCCGAAUGUGGUGGUGUCUCGAGACAUGAAGCGUGGUCAUUUGAUUGCUACCAAAGUGAUCCAAAACCUGGCCAACAAUGUGCUCUUUGGUGCCAAAGAGACCUACAUGAUCGUAUUGAACGACUUUUUGACCAGCAACAUUUACAAGGUGACAAGCUUUUUGCGCGAGAUCUCGAAUGUGCCAGCACCCAGCAUGAGCUCCAACACGCCACCACCUAUGGAGCGCACACACAGUCUCAGUGUCAAGAGUGACACAACCAGCGUGAUCAGUGCCAUCAGCACUACUGAUGAUGCUUUGCUUGAAGUACGACCCAUGGAAGAAAAGGACUAUAGCUGUUUGCAUCGUGUGCUGUUUGACAAUAUGGAGCGCAUCUCAAGAGAGCUGACUACGCGUAGAAUGCGACAAUAUGCAGAUCAAGACAGUGCCUCUCAAUGGAAACGCCAAUUUGACAAGUUUUCCAACUUGCUCGCCCAGUUGGGACGACCACCCGAGAUUUCCAAGCAGGAAUUCAGCGGGUUGAGAAGCUACACAUUUGCAGCUGCCAACCAGUUGUAUGCUGAAUUCAUGCGAAGAAAUAGCCAUCGUAGUGUCGAGUCUAUUGUGUCUAAAAACAUCUUUUACGAGGGUGGUGUCUCCAAGUCGAACCGACCUGUGUUUUACUUUAUUGCGAGAAACAUCAUUGCAGAUAGCAUUGAUUUCGAACUGAUGGUGUACCAUAUUUUGCAGACCAUGGAGCGCGCAUCCAACAAAAGCUUGGAGGUGGUGAUUGAUAUGACCUUGUUCAGUGCUGCCAAUGAGAUCCCCACACAAUACGUCAGUCAGAUUUUGCAGUUGCUGCCAUUUGAUGCAUCCGACAACAUUGCUACCAUCCUGGUCUACAAUCCCAAUUCUCAUUUGCGCAAAUACGUCAAGAAAUUGCCUCGCCCUCUCUCGCACAAGAUGACCAAACGCACCUUCUUUGCUAUUACAUUGGCUGAACUGUAUGAAUACAUUAAUCCUAGUGAAGUUCGUUUGCCCAAAUCAACUACGUCUCUGGACACUGAGCAAUGCCAUGUAUUCCAUCCAGUCAACCGCCUGUCGCAAUACAAAAUGAACAUUCCCAUUACCAUCAAGGUCAGCUCAGAAUACGUGCAAGUCAUGACUGUGCGCAAGCAAGAGUUCUUGUACGGCGUCUCCACAGUCAUCAACGAUGUGUUCUUGAUCUCUGAAAUAGACGAUAUCACCAUUGUACCCAAUGCUCGCAACCAGGAGACUGCCAAUGAAUUCCACUUUAAAUACAACAAGGGCAAGUCGCACCAUGUAUUCACUUCCAUGAAGCGUGAAGGCAUUGUGAAUACUAUCCGCCACAACAGAAGAAGACUGGAGAUGGCUAAACCAAGCAACAUGUCGGAGAGAACCAUUAGACCAAACGAUGUGCCCGGCAGACUUCUCAACAUGGCGCUCUUGAACAUUGGCAGCGUCGAUCCCAGUCUAAGACUUGCUGCGUACAACCUGUUGUAUGCCAUCAGUAUUACUUUCCACUUUGAAGUCGGCAAUCAACUAUUGGACGCAAGAGAUCUCUGUCUUCCUGCCAACAGUACUGCGUUCAUCGUCAAUAUCAGUGAAAAGAUUGCACAGAAUCAACAAAAUCUGACACUCGAGUUCCUUAGCGAGUGCUUUAUUGGCUUUCAAAAGUCCAGCGAACCACUGCGAUACCUGUGCUUGGACUACAUGAUGCCCUGGUUGCCAAAUCUCUCUAAAUUCUGUCAGAAUUCAAGCGUGGAAAAUGACAAGGAUACGUUGAAAACAAAGGAAGUGUUGAGAAAUCUGAUUGAUCUGACAGUAGCUCGUACAGAUAUGUAUAAGCUUGUGCAAGCCAAAAUCUGGAAGACCAUUGGCCAAAUCGACGAUAUUCUCAACCUGGUAUUGGAUUCCUUUAUUCAGUUCUCUAUUGAAAACGGCGUAGGCUCACCUCAAGCAGAAGCCAUGGCUGACACAUUUGUCACAUUAUCCAACAUUGCCGUGCGAGGCAAAGUAGUGGCCAGACUACGUAAAGUAUUACAAAAGACAUCGUUCAAACCCUCCAGAUCACUGACGGACCAUUGGACCUGGAAUGAGAUUGCCAUCCUCAUUCGUUUUGUACUGAUGCUUUCCUUCAAUAACCGUGGCCCUGUCAAAAGCUAUGUGCCUGAAAUUUUCCAUAUCGUGUCUCUAGUUGUGGGUGUGGGUCCUACCAUCAUUCGUGCGUCUGUGCAUGGACUCGUUGUCAAUAUCAUUCAAUCAUUGUGUACCACCAUGCCAAUCCAAGAUGCUAAUGUCAAGAAGCUGCAGUUGGUGUUGAGCGAAAUAUCAGAUACAAAGUACCGUCUCUUGUUCGGUCUGUUCAAACCACACGCCAAUGCUUUCACCAUCAGCCAGGACACGUUGACUGAUGUGUCAGAGCCUAUUCCACUUUUGGCUUUGGAAACCAUCGUCAACAAUUUGCUUGAAGUCAUCACCUACAGUGCUCCUUCAGCAGAUAUGGCAAAUGCUUGGAGAGCCAGGUGGAUGAGUUUAGUAGCCAGCACAGCUUUCCAGUUCAAUCCUGCUAUUCAGCCUCAAGCAUUCGUUGUUCUCGGCUGUCUUGGCAGAGAAGAGGUCGAUGAUGACCUGUUGUAUCAAAUUUUGGUUGCUUUGCGAGGUGCCCUAGCUAUCUUUAAUGAGUCUGAUCCCAACUUGGUGCUUAGUAUCAUGAUGUGCCUAAAGAACAUUGUCGAAAGCUUGCCCUCUGACUCAAGAUAUCUGCUGCCUCUCUUCUGGAUAGCCAUUGCUCUGGUUGAAAUUAACAAUGGGCCCACCUUUGCCAUGGCCAUUGAACUACUGCUGGCUAUUCUUCGUGCUCUGGACGCGGACGAGUACUUUACAGGCGAUAGCGUGGUGGACAUCUUACUGGCUGCGCGUGAACCUUUGGUAGAUGUGGCUCGUAAAUUGGAUCGACUGUGUGGUGUCAACUUUGACUCCCACUUUUCAUUCGCCAUUGCCAGCAUCUUUUUGAAGGGAUUACGUUACAACAAUGCCAAAGAGAUUAUCUUCCAAGGUUUGACUACCUUCCUGGAUAUUGAAUGCAAGCAUGCAGACAACAUGAACAUCGUGGAUUCCCAAAACCUGGGCUACCUUGCUGGUUUACUACCUAUUGCUGUCAAAAAUGAAGCGCUAAAGGAGGUAUUGCGUUUGGCUGGUUUAAGCGAUCCCGAUUUCGAUUUUGCCGAAGAUGACGAUGAUGGUACAGGUGAAUUCAACGCAAAUUAUCAGGGCGUUUUUAAUCGAUUGGACAUCAAUGAUGAAACCUCGGCCUUGUUGUUCAUCUCCAUGCUGGCCACUCAGCUACAAAUGGUGGAGAAUACAAAUGAAAGGCUCUUUUUGUAUGGAUUACUUGCUGAAGCUGCUAGCUCCAUGCCUGAGAUCUUCUCUGUUGUAUAUGAUGCACUGUUACCCAAAAUGAAUCAAAUUGUAUUGAGCAGCACGAGCCAGCCCAUUAUUGAAUCUGUCAAAUCCAUUCUCUUGAUGGCCUGUUCUGAUGCUUCGUUCAGUGAUGCUUCACGAAAAGCCAAUCCUAGCCAAAAGGCCUUGCUGGAGCGUGUAGGUUUCUCUGCGCUAGGCGAUCCUACGUUUGGUGCCACCUCUAUCAAUGUCUUGCAAAAUGCUAAACUCGCAAGUGAAAUCAUUGAAUUGAUCAUUGCUUAA